AUGGAUUACAACUUUUACAUUCUCUUGUCUACACUACUUACCAUCUUCACUACCAUCACUCUUGCAUUCCUUGUUCGUGCUUACAAAUCAAAACUCCAUGAACAAUCCAUCAAUCUUCCCCCAGGCAGUUUUGGGUGGCCGAUUAUCGGCGAAACCUUUGCCUUCCUACAGAGUGACCACAACAAAUUUGUAGGGGAUAGAAUGAAGAAAUACUCCUCCAAAAUCUUCAAAACCAAGAUUCUAGGUGAGCGAACCGUCGUCUUAUGUGGUACUGCCGGUCACAAAUUUGUGGCUGCCAACGAAGAAAAGCUCUUUGUAGCAUGGAGACCACACUCCAUGCAGAAGCUCUUUCGCUCUUCUUACCAGAAAGCUGCUUCCACCGUCAUACCAAGACAAAGCGAAAAGCAUGUAGUUACCGCACCGGGGUUUUUGAAAGCCGAAGCCCUUGUUCGCUACGUGGGAGGGAUGGAUUCCAUGGUUCUUGACCACCUGAAAAAGCACUGGGAUGGCAAACAGGUGCUCGAGGCUCAUCGCCUCACGCAGCAAUUAGUUUUGUCCCUCUCGGCCAAGUUCUUCAUGGGACUUGAGGACCAGUCUCGUAUUGAGAAGCUUGCGGAGUUGAUGGACACCAUGAUGCUGGCGCUUCAUACUAUUCCUGUGAAUAUUCCGGGGACUACGUUUUAUAAAGCAAUGAAAGCAUCGCAGGCUGUGAGGGAGACUAUUAUGUCGUUCAUUAAGGAGAAGAAAGAAAUUAUGGCCUCUACCGGAAACAAAGUGCAAGAUCUUUUGUCUUAUAUGAUUUCUACGGCAGACCCCUUUACCGGAAAGUUGAUGCCGGACAAUGAAAUUGCGGAUAAAAUUAUGGGGAAUGUGGCCGCUUCGUUCAACUCUCCGGCUAUGACUACUACUUUUAUCGUCAAGUUUCUGGGCGAAAGACCUGACAUUUAUGAGAAAAACAACUGGAGAUUUUAA